GUUAUGAAUUUUCCAAUCCCUUCAUAAAUACCACAAACUAUGUCUUGCAUCAAUCCAAGCAAUCAUUUCCAUCAUGUGAAUAAAGCAUUAUUCUCAAAAUAUAAGACUACAGAAAGAAUCUUGUUCAUCAUAAAGAGGGAUCUAACUCCACCGACUUGGAGCAGGAUAUCACAGGGAUGAUUUACAGACUACAAUUAACCUCUCCAUAUUCACUCCAUUAUCAAGCGAGAAUUAUUUGAAUAAACAUAUUGAUUCUCGCACAAACCCCUCAAUAUUCUCUUUUAAACUCUCCUGAAUCCUCGAAGUAGCAAAACCCACAAAAUCAACAAGACGGCUGGCGAACAUAAGAUAACUUGGUUGUCUUAUGCUGCCAGUUAAGGACAACAAACUGAACUUUCUUGAAGAAAACCCGAUAAUUUACCAGAGCCUUCCUUUGAAUCAUGUCGCACAACGAUCGCAACAAUUCCAGUAUCAAUCCAGAACUAUCACUCGAACCAUCUCUUGAGCAAUCAAACGUCGAAGAUCCAACGGCAGAAGUUGAGGCAGCCAAUGAUAAUCAAGUUUUGAAUACAAAUGAGGGCUAUGGUCAGAUAGAAGUGGAAGCGCAUGAUUUUGGUAGCGUUGGAGGAGCUUUUGGAAAUAUCUUGGGUAUCAAUUUGAUGGAUAUUUCCGAGUUUAUGGGCAACGACGAUUCCAUUCUCAACAUGGAUCCCAUUCGUGACUCCGACUCCAUUUUCAACAUGGAUCCCAUUCGUGACACCGACUCCAUUUUCAAUAACGAUUUCAUCAUGUCUUCAUCAGAUCGCAACGAAGUUUAUGAAGAUAAGGUAACAUCGCAGUCCGAGUAUGUUGACGAGGAAUAUAUGGAUAUGAGAGACAGUUUGAGGGUUACUGAAGAUGUGGCGCCAUUACUUCUUCGCUCACCAUCAUCGCCACCAUCAUACUCACCACCUCCAACACCAGUCUUGAAACUCUUGCCAAUGUUCACUCUAAGUCCUGGAAUCUCUUCAGCCUCAGAGAUGCCAUUUUUCGAUGAUCCAACUCGUUACGCAACCAGGAUCAACGCUAGAAAGGUUCGCAUGCAUGACACACGUUUUACGCGCGCGGAAGAAACAUUAAGAGAAUUGCCAGGCAUAUGGUGGCGACGGAUCUCAAAAGUUCCAUCAUCUCUCCGAAGAUGCUGGACUCCAUAUGAUAUCUUUGAUGAGUAUUUGGAGAAUACAUUGGUAGCGGUAAAUGAUUAUGGUGCGGAGGCUGACGUCGGUACACAAAUGGAUGUCAGAAAGUGAUUGAAAUACUGGUAAUUUCAUAGGAAAUCUCGUUCGUACAAGACAUGGAUUGGGUGGGGGACUUAUUUGAUUGUUUUUCAUCAGCAUUCAUCACAUGUAUCCGGAGGCCAUUUUUGUACUAGUCGAAUAGCAGCUCAAUGGACCCACUUUAACUCGCUUAAUGAUUUCA